AUGGCUUCCAACAACAUGAUCAACCCUGGGAUCGACCCCAACAUUGAAGACGAGCUGUUCACAAAGGAGGUCGAAGCUGUCAAGAAGUGGUGGACCGACUCGCGAUGGAGAUACACCAAGAGGCCGUUUACUGCGGAGCAGAUUGUCUCCAAGAGGGGUCACCUGAAGAUUGAGUAUGCCAGCAACACGCAAUCUAAGAAAUUAUGGAAUAUCCUGGAAGGUCGCUUCAAGAACCGUGAUGCCAGUUAUACUUACGGCUGCUUGGAACCUACCAUGGUCACCCAAAUGGCGAAGUACUUGGAUACUGUCUACGUUUCCGGUUGGCAAUCAUCAUCAACCGCCUCCUCGUCGGAUGAGCCUGGUCCUGAUUUGGCUGAUUACCCAUAUACUACCGUCCCGAACAAGGUCAAGCACCUCUUCAUGGCACAGCUCUUCCACGACCGAAAACAAAGAAACGAACGAGUCAGCGUGCCCAAGGCUGCGCGAACGAAGCUACAAAAUAUCGACUACCUCCGGCCGAUCAUUGCCGAUGCCGAUACUGGUCAUGGUGGCCUCACAGCCGUGAUGAAGCUUACCAAGCUCUUCAUCGAGAGUGGUGCUGCCGGUAUUCACAUAGAAGAUCAAGCACCCGGUACAAAAAAGUGUGGUCACAUGGCUGGUAAGGUCUUGGUGCCCAUCAGCGAGCACAUCAACCGUCUGGUGGCCAUCCGUGCUCAAGCCGAUAUCAUGGGCUCCGACUUGCUCGCCGUUGCCCGGACUGAUGCCGAAGCUGCCACGUUGAUCACGACGACAAUCGACCCUCGAGAUCAUGCCUUCAUCAUGGGUUCUACGAACCCCAACCUCCAACCCCUGAACGACCUCAUCUUCGCCGCCGAGCAGGCCGGUAAGAACGGAGAACAGCUCUCGCAGAUCGAGGAGGCCUGGCUGGAGAAGGCCGGCCUGCAGCGCUUCGAUGAGGCCGUCGUUGAGACGAUCAAUGCCGGUGCGUACCCGAACAAGAAGGAGCUGGUGCAGCAAUACCUCUCCCAGGCCAAGGGCAAGAGCCACGCCGAGGCCCGCGCCAUUGCCCACGGCAUCACCAACGUCGACAUCUACUUCAACUGGGACGCCCCGCGGACGCGCGAGGGUUACUACCGCCUGAAGGGCGGCUGCGACUGCGCCAUCAACCGUGCCGUUGCCUAUGCGCCGUACUGCGACGCCAUCUGGAUGGAGAGCAAGCUGCCCGACUUCAAGCAGGCGCAAGAGUUUGCCAACGGCGUACACGCCGUCUGGCCCGAACAGAAGCUGGCGUACAACCUCUCGCCCUCGUUCAACUGGAAGACGGCCAUGCCGCGGGCGGAGCAGGAGACGUACAUCCGGCGGCUGGCCAAGCUGGGGUACUGCUGGCAGUUCAUCACGCUGGCGGGCCUGCACACGACGGCGCUGAUCAGCGACCAGUUCGCGCGGGCGUACGCGGCCAGCGGCAUGCGCGCGUACGGCGAGCUGGUCCAGGAGCCCGAGAUGGACGGCGGCGUCGACGUCGUCAAGCACCAGAAGUGGAGCGGCGCCAACUACAGCGACGAGAUGCUCAAGAUGGUCACCGGCGGCAUCAGCUCCACCAGCGCCAUGGGCAAGGGCGUCACCGAGGACCAGUUCCACUAG